AUGCGGCUUGAUGUCAUGUUGGGGAAACCGUUUCGGCAGGACUUGCUUUCAGUCAGUCCCUUCCAGCGUGCCGGCAUCUGUAUGGAUAUCUUGGUGAUCGAUCGCCUAACUGGAUACCCGACCAACCUGGACCACGACGGAGCAAUCGGAAGCAGCGGCAGGCUCGAGGGACUGUACCCCGAACCCUCGAAAGGGAAUUUCAGCAAGUUCUGGGAUCUUUCCCUACUCUGGACUUUUAUCUACUUCCACGGGCUACACCUGCACCUACAACCUACAAAAAUGGCUGACGAAGAAGGCGACCUCUUCAACAUCGCCAUCGACGACUCUGAUGAGGAGGAGCAGAAGCCCAGAGACUGGCAAUCAGAAGAGGACUUCCAAAAGCUUCGGGCUACAUAUCGGGUGAAGGUGCAAGACGGCGAUCCACCCGGCUUUCUCCACCUGCCUGGAGAACCCUGGACCGCGGAGAACACCCCCUCCCCUCCCCUUCCGCCUGUUUGGCAGACAAUAGAGCUACCGCUCAACACGGAAAAGGCCAGCAAGCCUGUGUUACAAGAGCUCCUGCAUGCUGUGGAAGAGCUCUACUUCCUACGCCGGUUCGGCGAGGCUGCGGCGUUUGCGAGGCGGGUCCUGGACGGGAGCGAGGCGGCGCUGGAUCGGGAUACCAAGGAGACGCUGGUCCGGUAUGAGGAGAAGUGCCGGGGCCGAAUGGAGAAAUGA